UCUCUAGGAAAUACUCAAUUAGGGUGGUGCCUCUGAAAUACCCAGGGGUCCUGUAACUGAUCGGUUUUUCCCAGAGGGCUUCUGCAGCAUAUAGUCCCGGUUGGACAGUACACAUCAAGCCCGGAUUUUUCCUGUGGCCUGGUUGGUGACCCCCCACAGGAAGAUAACGGACAAGCCGGGAGGGCGGAGCCGCCGGCUGCACAUGUCUGCCUGCUCUUAUCAACUUAUCAUAUAAGGAAAGGAAAGUGAUUGAUUCGGACCCUGACACCACAGAAUCAGGGGCAGAGAGACAAAGCAGCGCUGACGCGGGUCUGGAAGGCGAAUGCAGCCCUCACGGGGAGCAGGGCUCUUCUCCCCACUGUGAUCUGACAGUCUGCUGCGAGGCCAGAGAGGAGACGGCAGCAGAGACCAAGGUCGCAGCUGGGAAAGGAGGAACAGGAGGCUUUCCUUGAUGGACCUUGAGCCUCUGUCCCCGAGCCCGGCGUCUGAGAGGGCAGCUUAGCGCCGGGAGUCUCAUGCGCCUGGAAGUUUGCUGAGCGGGUGGUUUAUUACCAACAGACAGAAAGAAUGUGGCAGCUUGUUUUCUUGACUCUGAGCUGUGAUCUGGCCGUAGCCACAGCCCACAGCGGCUCUCGGAAGGGCAUGGACAUCGCCGCCGGGAAGAAGCAGUAUCAGGUUCAGCACGGAGCCUGCAGCUACACGUUCCUCCUGCCGGAGACGGACCACUGCCGCUCGCCCCCCAGCGCCUACAUGCCCAACGCCGUGCAGAGGGACGCGCCCCUUGACUACGACGACUCAGUGCAGAGGCUGCAGGUGCUGGAGAACAUCAUGGAGAACAACACACAGUGGCUCAUGAAGCUUGAGAAUUACAUCCAGGACAACAUGAAGAAAGAAAUGGUGGAGAUACAACAGAAUGCGGUGCAGAACCAGACUGCUGUGAUGAUAGAAAUAGGGACCAACCUGCUAAAUCAAACUGCAGAGCAGACCCGGAAGUUAACCGAUGUUGAAGCCCAAGUAUUAAAUCAGACAACAAGACUUGAACUUCAGCUUCUAGAACACUCCCUUUCUACAAACAAAUUGGAAAAACAGAUUUUGGAUCAGACCAGUGAAAUAACCAAACUGCAAGAUAAGAACAGUUUCCUGGAGAAGAAAGUUCUAGAUAUGGAAGACAAGCACAUAGUUCAACUUCGGUCAAUCAAGGAAGAGAAAGACCAGCUCCAGGUGUUAGUGUCCAAGCAAAAUUCCAUCAUUGAAGAACUAGAGAAACAACUGGUGACGGCUACGGUGAAUAAUUCAGUUCUCCAAAAGCAGCAACAUGAUCUGAUGGAGACAGUUAAUAAUUUACUGACUUUGAUGUCAACAUCAAACCCCUCAUACUCCUUGCUUGCCAAGGACGAACAAAUCGUCUUCAGAGACUGCGGGGAGGCAUUCAAGUCAGGUUUGACCACCAGCGGCAUCUACACAUUGACGUUCCCUAACUCCACGGAGGCGAUCAAGGCUUACUGUGAGAUGGAAACGGGUGGAGGCGGGUGGACAGUUAUUCAGCGACGUGAAGAUGGCAGUGUUGAUUUUCAGAGGACUUGGAAAGAAUAUAAAGUGGGAUUCGGGAACCCUUCGGGUGAACACUGGCUGGGAAAUGAGUUUGUUUCGCAAGUGACUGGUCAGAAACGCUACGUGCUGAAAAUACACCUAAGAGACUGGGAAGGGAAUGAGGCUUACUCACUGUACGACCACUUCUAUCUCUCAAAUGAAGAGCUCAAGUACAGGAUUCACCUUAAAGGCCUCACGGGGACAGCCGGCAAAAUAAGCAGCAUAAGCCAGCCAGGAAAUGAUUUUAGCACGAAGGAUGCAGACAACGACAAAUGCAUUUGCAAAUGCUCACAAAUGCUCACAGGAGGCUGGUGGUUUGAUGCCUGUGGUCCUUCCAACCUGAAUGGAAUGUACUACCCACAGAGGCAGAACACAAAUAAGUUCAACGGCAUUAAGUGGUACUACUGGAAGGGUUCGGGCUACUCACUCAAGGCCACGACCAUGAUGAUCCGUCCAGCAGAUUUCUAAACUCUGGCACGCACCUGAGGGACAAUGUCUUGCCCUGUUUCCAGAGACUUGAUCCAGAGCACUAAAAGACUGCACGCUGUCCCGCAUCCAGCUUGGACAAACUGCCCGCUCUCGGUGCGGAAGGGACCGUGAGCUCCGUGCGAGCCCUGUGAGGUCUACCCCUUGAACCUGCAUCGCUCAGUGAACCGACGCACAACCCCAGACAAGCCACAGCCUGGUGUGGUGACCCGGCAGAAAGCCUUCGGGAAGAUAACUCUAAGCCCGCGAACGAGACUGACAAUUUACAGACUCUGUUGUCACAACCAAGAAUGUUAUGUGCGAGUUGAUCAGUAAAUAACUGGAAAACAGAACACUUAUGCCGUAUACUAGAGAUAACCUUGGAACUGCAUUUUUCCAAGCACUGUUUAUAGACUGUGUAAAUAUCUAUAUGUCCUGAAUUCAGCAUUGCUAUCAUAAUUAAAAGGAAGAAAAAAUUCUGUAAGCCAUAAAAAUACAUUAUAUAUUCAGGGAUUUUUGUGAGAAGUGGUUAUUAGUAGUUUUAAUAUUUGGAGAAGGAAAAACAUAGCUAAUGCAUUUUUAUGCCUCCUCUUAGGAACCUUAAAUUUUCAUUCUGAGGACAGCAUAUUUACAUGUGUAUUGAUAGCUUAGUUUUAAGUUAAUGCUCAAAUAUAUAUAUUUCAAAGUUUCCAUGGUGAACACUUUCAGGAGCUCUGAAAUUAUUAAUAGAAACGUGUUCUUUUAGUAUAUAUGAAGAUUGUACUAUUUUUUUUCCUGCCUUGCUGUUAAAUUUGAAGGUAUUUUUAGUAAUUAAACAUAACUUAUUAGGUGAGAUGACCACACUUAACUUCUAUGAUAAUACUUACAGCAUUGUAAUUUGAUUCUGAAACAAAUGAUUGUGCUUCAUGACAAGGAAAAUCUUGAUUUUUAAGGAAGAAAAUUAUACAUUUAAUUUCAUGACAAA